CAAACUCCCUUCUCAACCGCAAACCCCACCCAAUUUUCUGAAGGCUCUAAAUCCACACCAAGCCCUACGGGACAAACUCCUCUUAUAUCAACAGGCGCAUUCUCACAAGGGUGGGAAAAAGGACCAACACAAACAAGAAAAACAUGGCUAAGCUUCUAGUCACCCUCUGCCUCCUCUCCUCCGUCGCCGUCCUCAGCCUCGUCGCCGCAGAGACGUUCACCAUCCAGGGCCGUGUCUACUGCGACACUUGCCGUGCUGGCUUCGAGACCAGUGCUACCGAGUACAUGGAAGGCGCCAAGGUGAAGGUCGAAUGCAAGAACUACACUACCCGCGAGGUGACGCAGAAGGCGAGUGGUGAGACGGACGCGUCCGGGACCUACAACAUUCCGAUCACGCACACCCACGAGUCGGAGACCUGCGAGGUAGCGCUGGUGGAGAGCUCGCGCAAGGACUGCGACGAGAUCAAGCCCGACCGCGCCAUGGCCCGCGUCGUCCUCGCUAACGACACCGGGAUCAGCACCGGCAUCCGCUACGCCAACUCCCUCGGCUUCCUCAAGAAGGAGCCCCUCCCCGCCUGCGGCGACCUCCUCCAAUCGUACGCCCUAUCCGACGAUCUUGACUAAGCUCGGAGGCAUUAAUUAAUGGUUUCUAAUAAAAGUUUGUCCACGGAUGCGUGUACGAUCGUGGCUCUAGAUCUUAUCUUACUUCUUUUCAACAGAAAAUGCUGAUUUAUGUUUUCUUAUGCUUGAAAUGAACGAAACAACUUGAAUAAGGAAAAUGUCAAAUUCAACUGAUUGUAUGAAUGAUGACGUUUAUUCACAUUAA